AUGCUUUCGGGAGUUGGUGCGGCUCUCGAACGAACCGCGAACGGCUUAUGCAAUAGACUGGGAGGAGCCAAGAUAGAGAAUCUUGAUCGUUGUUUGGAGAAGGGGGUCUGCCCUAAGCCGACUCAUGUCAUUGUACCCAGCAAGAAGGUUGUCGUUACUCUCAAGGUGAAUCCAUUUUCGCUGUGGACACCUUUAUGA